AUGUACUCUCAUCUACCAGCCCAGGGUACCACUGCGACCAUCGCUCACUGCAAGGCGCAGGAUCUACCCGUCGUCGAUCGCCUUAUUGAACCCCAGACGAUCGUCCACUUUCUGGAAUUUGCUCUUGGACAAGGUCCACUUCCAAAUGGCACCCAACCAAGUGUGACGCGCUUGGCUGAGGAAGAAAUUCCUUUUCUCCAGGCCAACUUCCCUCCUGGAUCCGAUGGCCAUUCCAUUCUCGAUCGCAUUAUGGCGCGAAUCGGGUCCGAGGAAGAUGGAGAACGAUUGUGUCUGAUCGGCAAGAACCUCCAAUUCCUGAAGACACGACUCUGGGAGGGCGUCAUUCCCAUGACUCAGCAGCGAUGGCAAGAAAAGCAGCUCGACAAACCGGAGCACUUUGAUCUCGCCUGUCAGCACCUCACAGCAGUUGUAUCUGUGUUUCAGUAUCUGAAUCAGCCAGUCGCCAGAAACUAUCUCCGCAUCACCUGCAACUUGAUCUAUGACCAUUGGACCGAGUGGGAUACUUUGCUCAAUCGUGCUAGGGCAAAGAAAGGUGAGGAGCGCAUCAGUGUCGCCGCUCUCUGGACAAUGUACAUGUCCGCGCAGUUCGAAAUGAUGACUGAACGGGCCCACAGAUGGGUGAUAGUAAAUGCGAAUGCUCUACGCGCUCCCAUUAUGAACACCCUCGUUGAAUAUCGACCAUUGAACGAAAGCGCUGGCCCAGAUCAAUAUCAGUGGAAACUGACAGACUCGCUGCACAUGUUGUUGCAGAUCACCGCAGAUGCAGAUUAUAUUAUUAUGAUCCCAAUGGAAGGCUUCAAGGGAUAUGUUACUCCUACGCGGACUGGCCCAAAAGACCUUCUUGUGGCGGAUUGUUUCAAGCGAGGAAAAGCAUACCAUGAUCGCAUGAAGAUCCUCACUCGCGAGUACCUGGCUAGAAAUAUCCUGGCAUCAAGUUCUCCAGCUCCUGGACUGAACAGCAAUAGCAGAGAAGCUUCAGGGGGAUCAUAUCACCAAUCAGCCAUUUCUCAAAUCCAGGGCCAGAAUCAAUUGAGGAUCGAAACUCGCGGGCCACCAAUUGAGCCUAUCCCACGGGAGCCAUGGAUUACAUCUAGCGAGAAGAUGAUCAAGUCUUCGUUGGAGAAGAACAAAGACGAAAAGCUCGGGAUGGCGGUUUACCGAUUAACCUAUGAACAAAGUGAGACCGAAUGGGCGGCAUUCGUCAAAAAAUUGGAUGCACACGUCUCCGACUGGGGAAAGGGCCAGACGGGUAGCAAUGCUAUCAGACCAAAUCUGAAACUCCAUUGGUUCGAUGGAAAGGAUCUUGGUAUUGCUGAGAACGAUAUCGACGCAGCCAAAAAACACUUCAAUAGCACAAUGAACAAAGAGGAAGGCCCCGAAAAUCCUCAACUGCAAACGAGGGUAUUUUUUGCCAUUGAUUCAACCUCUUAUGCCUCAUAUACCACCAAUUUAUAUGGCCCUUCCACAUCUAUGGUUGUCCCCGGUGACUUUACUGGAUUUCUUCUCGCAGUUGACCCCGAUUUCGAUCCAGAAGAGGGCAUCGAGCGACCAGACGAAUCGCCAGAGUACAGCGGUCAAAUGCGUGUUCUAGGUAGCCUGAUCUGGAGUGAUCUGUAUUCCUUAUUUUCCGCCCAAGCAGCACAACUCGAAGACUUCUGGCCACUGGCAAUGGAACACCCCAAUCAGGUUUACGUCGGACCAACAAUACCAUGGCAGCUGUACGCCUGGAGGAAACAAAGUCAAAUUCGCUGGGAAUUAAUACGAGAGCUAGUGAACUACCGGAAACGCCAGAUGGGACAACCAGAGUUACCUCGUCCGCCUGUACCAACACGAGAACCAGAACCCACUCCAGUGCCGUUCGCAGCAGCUCCAGUACCGCCAACGUCAACAUCAACAUCAACACCACAGCCACAGCAACCAGGAAUCCCAAGAUCCAACCAGAACAAUCUAUCUGCUUCGAUGGAAGCGGCAAAUCCACCCGAGGAGCGAGAUCCAGUUGAUGGCGCCCUCCGCGCAUUCAUGCUUAAUGAUUUCCGGAGAUACCUCCGCGAAAGAGGUCAAGAUGUUCCCGCAGCCAUGGCUUCUGAACUGCUCAGUCUACAGCCGGGUGAACAGCCUGAUGGGGAACGAAUGCAGCAGCGGGCGAUUGCAGAGCAGCAACGACAGGAGCAGCGGAGGAGAGAUGGAUUGCCCCCAAAUGAUGAGCAGGAGGAUCAACCUCAGUGUCCUUUGCAGUAG